AUGCCUCACUCAGACCCACCAUCCCCGGGAUACCGCUACAGCUUCGUAGACGACUACAGCGAAGGCGCACACCCCCAACUCCUCCAAACCCUCAUUGAAACGAACAAAACCCAAGAAAGCGGCUACAGCCGCGACUCGCUCUGCACACUUGCCCGCCAACGGAUCCAGGCCCACCUCGGACGCUCCGACGUAGGCGUCUUCUUCGUCCCCAGCGGCACCUCCGCGAACGCCAUAUCCAUCGCAGCAUGCCUGCGCCCCCAUGAAGCCGUGAUCGCGGCUUCCUCUGCACAUAUAGUGACCCGCGAGACCGGCGCCGUCGAAGCAAGCGGCCACAAAAUCAUCCAGGUCGCACCGGAGGAUGGAAAACUAACACCGCAGAGCAUCCGGCGUGCGCUGGAUGAUAAUUGGCAUUUCCCGCAUAUGGCGAAGCCCAAGUUGGUGUAUAUCUCGAAUGCGACGGAGAUCGGUACCAUUUACACCAGGCAGGAGUUAACCGCUAUCAAGCGACUGUGCGAGGAGAAGAGGUUGAUUCUGUUUCUGGAUGGCGCGAGGAUUGGGACCGCGCUUACGUCUCACAAGAACGACAUGGCGAUGCGAGACAUCCUGGAAUUAACGGAUCUCUUCUGGAUUGGAGGAACUAAGAACGGGGCUCUGCUGGGCGAGGCCGUCGUCGUGAAGGAUGCGGAGUUGGCGAGCGAAUUCGAGUUCUACAUCAAGCAGCAUGGAUCGCUGCUGGCGAAGGGCAGAAUUAUGGGUGCGCAGUUUGCGGAGCUGUUCAAUGGCGAGCUGUACUACGACCUAGCCAGGAAAGCGAACGGUUGUGCGCAGUUGCUUUCCACGGGAAUCGUUCAGGCGGGCUUCACGAUGGACGCGGCGACGGAGACUAAUCAGGUCUUUGCGGUGCUCCCUCUUGGGCUCAUUGGAAGACUGAAGGAGCAUUUCAACUUCUAUGUUUGGGAGUCUCGUGGGGAUGAUGCUGUGGUGAGGCUGUUGACUACAUGGGCCACGGAGUUGGGGCAGGUCGACAAGUUCGUACAGAUGGUACACGAAUGGGCUGUUGAAAACUCGAGAUUAGCGUAA